AAGGAUGAAAAUACACUUCCGCGAACAGUACUGCUCCAAUGGGGAGGAAAUCCUGUACGUCACUCCCGAUCACCAAGACUCCGUGGUGCGCGUGACGGUGAAGGGUGAACGACCGUCGCUGCGGAAGCGUCUCAGCAUCAAGCGGUUCCUGCAGCAUCUCUUCCUGCCGGUCGGCUACCCGGACAGCGUGAGCAGUGACUAUUUGGCGUACCAAAAGUGGGACACGGUGCAGGCAUUCUGCAGCACUAUUAGCGGAACCCUAACGACGCAUGCCAUCCUCAAAGGGGUCGGUGUCGGUAGCGAUGCCAUCACGCCGCUGUCCGCCACCGUUACGUGGGUCCUGAAGGACGGGAUGGGCCAUCUCGGCAGGAUACUGUUCGCCUGGUGGAAAGGUUCGGAAUUGGAUAUCGAUUCGAAAAAGUGGCGCAUCCGAGCGGACGUACUGAACGAUGUGGCGAUGGCGAUUGAUCUGUUCGUGCUGCCGUACUACCCGAAGGCAUCGACGUACAUUCUGUGCGGUACGACCACGAUGAAGGCGAUAGUCGGGGUGGCAGGCGGUGCGACCCGGUCCGCCCUUACCCAGCACCAUGCGCUCCGUGGCAACCUGGCCGACGUGGCGUCGAAGGACAGCGCCCAGGAAACGUGUGUCAAUUUGAUCGCUUCGUUCUUGGGGCUGUUUCUGCUGACGUAUCUCCAAAAUCAACGGAUACUGUACGGAUUGUUCGCGUUCGUGACGCUCGUUCACAUUUACGCCAACAUCAAAGCGGUCAAAGCGGUAUGUCUGCGUACGUUCAAUGAGGCACGCUAUCUGAUCGCCCUGGAGGAGUACUUCAAGUCGGGCAUGAUGCUGUCGCCGAGGCAAGUGAACAAACUGGAGCGCGUCACCGUCGGCCAAACGGUCACGCUGACGGCGCGCGUCAAGAUUGGCUGCUCGGUGCGUGAGCUGACCGAGUUCUACCGCAACUGCUACGACCUGGAGAAUCUGAUCGCGUGUUUCGAUUCGCGCGAGAAGUUUCUCAUCGCCGAAACGCGCCACUACGUCGGCGUGUAUCUGCACUUUUACGUGAAACCGUUGGACAUCAUCAAGUCCUACUUCUACGUCGCCUCGUACCUGCAGGACAAGAGCCAGCUGCGCGACCGGUACUGGGAGAUACAGAACAAGUGGAACGAGUUCCUGAACCUGGCCCAGUGCGAGGGCUGGAACAUGCACGCGCAUCUGCUCAAGACCGACGAAUACCGGCUCGAUUGGAGGAUAUAAUCGAUGGUCGAUCCGUCCUACGAGUCUGCCGUGUGUCGCUGCUCUUCCGCACUCCCUGCUCACCGGCGGACCACUCGCUUUCUGUAGGCGUUCUCUUCCGCUCCCGUACCCUUGUGGCACUCACACGCACCCGAUAUCCUCCGAAAUGUUGCUCCUCUUCACGCACGCACCCGAGGAGUAGCUAUAUGAGUGCCAAACGGAAAACAAACGAUUCAAACGAUGUCGGCAACGCAACGAGAAAAUAUCAACGAAAGCACUAUCGCUCUAGUCAGUUUAGGUGUAAGGGCGUAAGGGCGAGUGCACCCUCUUUCUAGGACCAAACUCCAGUGCGCGAGCGACGCCACGAGUGAUCACACCAUGCACCACCGCAAUGCAUCGAAACAAAAACAAAAAAAAACGCGAAAAAGGACGACCGGCGGCAAGAAGGGACUCGAAUCGAACCAUAUACCACACACAAUAACGUGUGCCUAACGUCCAAAUUGAUAGAACGUGCCACCCAAUAAACGGGUGCGCAUAAUUAGCAUACGAUCGUACGAUCAAUCGAUCGUAGAAUCACGUUCCAGUGGCAUAGGCUCACACGGCACUAGUCGGUACAAACCUCGAUUCCUGAAAAGUAAUUAGCGAAAGCGUGUUGAAAGCAAGUUAUUAGACUAUUUUCUAUCGUUCACCUAGCAGCGAGCCACUGGCGUAGUGAGACUUUUUAACCAUAUCAAUUGAUUGGAAGGAAUAGAUCGGCAAUGACUAGGCACUUUUCCUCGUACGAAGACUGGCGACUGGCCACUAGAGCGUCUUCGGUUUAUUUUUGUAUCCAAUCGGAAUAACUAAGCCGCAUGCUGGCGGGGGCCGUUUUUAAAAAGUGAUUUUAGAUAUGUGCAAUUUUUUAUUCAACCAUCGGAUAACGAACCUGACAAAUAAUUACGCGUCGCUUUGAGGUCUCUUUUGCACGCGUGCCCGCACUCGUAGAGCGAUCGGUCAGCCUGACUCCUUUAGUUACGUUCCACAUGCCUGUUUGCUGCCGCUUUUAUAGAAAAGUUUGCGCGCUUUGCACAACGCAUCGAAGACUACAGCUUACACACGCAACACAAGCUUACGGAUGUUUUAAGAAUUAGCCUAUUUAAAGCACACGAUUUUAUGGCCAUUUUAACUGACACCGCAGCAGCAGAGAUAAGAAAGCGGAAACCGUCUGCGCACCAAUGUAUGCUUCACCUGCUGUGAUACCAUUUUAGCUCAAACUGGCAAACUAUUUCCAUUAGCAGAUUUUUACUACAUUAUUAGCACGCUGUAGGAUAGUGGUCGCGGAAUCGCGG